AUGCCCCGCGGCGCGAAGCCCAAGCUCUACUACAACCCCGAGAUGUCGACCCACACGCACCCGUGGGCUCAUGUCGAAAAGCGAACCCGCGCCAGCGACGUCUACGAGCACUUGGACCGCGCCGGGCUGCUCGGCUCGGUGCAAGUACUCCCGGGCCACAGCGCGUCGGACGAGGAGCUGCGCACCGUCCACACGCAGCGCCACAUCGACGAGGUCGGUCGCAUGACAGCCGCCGCCCGCGCCGACCCGACGAACCGUGAGCUGUGCGAGCCUGACGGGCCGGGAGGCGUCUACUACUCGGGGCACGCCGACGCGGCCGCGCGGCUGGCCUGCGGCUGCGUGAUCGACGCGGCGGUGGGCGUGCUGCAGGACUCGAAGAAUGCCACCGCCACCCGCGCAUCGCCCGGCGACAAGGCUCGACGCCGCGCGCCGCCCGCCUUUGCCAUUGUGCGGCCUCCAGGGCACCACGCGGGCGCUGACCCGACCGACGGCCACCACGCCGAGGGCUUCUGCUUCUACAACUCGGUGGCGGUGGCGGCAGGGGUCGUUCUCGCCUCCGGCGACGCGAAGAAGGUUGCCAUCCUCGAUUGGGAUGUCCGCCACGGCGAGCGGUGGUACCCCGAGACCGGUGCUGCGUGCGAGACCGGCGGCGGCGGCGGGCAGGGACGGAACCUUAACGUGCCGUGGACGAGCGAUGGACUGGCAGACUCCGACUACCUCGCCGCGUUUCGCCUCGUGCUGUGCCCGAGCAUGGGCCACAAGGUGCUGGCGCAAUUCUCGCCCGACUUGCUGCUCCUGUCUGCCGGCUUCGACGCCGCCGACGGGGACGCGCAAGGCAAGAUGAAGGUGACGGCCGCGGGGUUCGCCCAGAUGACGCAGCUGCUGCUCAGUGCCGUCGACUGCCCCGGACAACUCGCGCGUGUGGCGUGCGAGUGCGAAGGAGCGCCUCCCUGA